CUCAAGAAACGGAGAAUGUUUUAUUAAAUUUGAUUAGACUUUGACGAAAAAAGAGUCACUGUUAUGCUAGUGGUCUGCAACUGGUUUUAUUGGAAUGUUGAAUUUUGCUCUCAAAUUCAAAUAGGUUUAGGCCAUUUUCACCAUUAGCACAUCAACUAGCCAUUAAUGUUAUUUUGCUGUUGUUGCAAGAAUCAAUUUUUAUCCUUUUUAAUCUUCUUGAUUUCUCCAGGCUCUCUUUGAUCCCCACAAAACUUUAAUCCCUUUUGCAAAAGUGAUUGCUGAAAGAUUGCACUGUUGUUUCCCCUUUCCUUGAUCAGUUUCUUUUCACAGCUUCAUAUUUUUUUCACUUCAAGAUUUAUCCUGCUGAAAUUUGGCCUUUUCCUCAAACCUAACAGUCCUAUGUUUUUUGCUGCUUCACUGUCUUCUCAUAACUUGAGUAGUACUAUAUGUGGGACUGAGCCUUUGUUACUUUAAUGCAACUAUAUUAUGCUCUUGAUUGAAAUGGGAAGUGAAUGAUUGGUGAUUCUUGAGUUGGGAAGUCUUUUCUGCUGGGAGAUAUGGAGCUGUUGUUGAGCUUUGUGAUUCUCUGUGCUUUCUUGUUUCAAGAAUCUGCUGGAAGAAUGGAUCAUAGCUAUGGCAAAUAUCUCGUCUUGAAUUCGUCGUUUUUAAGACUUAUCGCAACGCAUUUUAGUAGGUCUUUGUCUUCUUCCCAUCAAAGUUGAGCCUCUUGAUCUAAGUCUCUACGGAGGCAGAAGCCGACUUCUGUUUCAACUCAACGUUCCUCAUCCCAAGACCUUCCGUUUUAGGAAUGCAGAUGUGUCCUCCACACUGUCUGACUCCAUGCCUCCGUUGCCCGUUUCAGCUCAUCACAAACACCAUUUAAGGAAAAAAAACCACCACAUUUCUCUUGCACCCCACCAAGGGCCGGCCAUUUCGCCUACUGUUUCUCCAACGAGCUCCCCUUCAGCGAGCAGCAGGAAAUCUCUCCCACCUUUACCUCCUAAUAAAGGAUGUGUGUCUGUCGCGUGCACUGAGCCGCUGACCUUCACACCACCCGGAACAACAUGUGCUUGUGUUUGGCCUAUUCAAGUUAGACUCCAGUUCAGUAUCUCUCUGUAUGUGUUUUUCCCUAUGGUAUCCGAGCUCGGUCAGCAAAUCGCUGAAGCUGUCCCGUUGAAUCAAACUCAAGUCCGUAUAGUGGGAGCAGAUGCAGCAGAUCCAGAGCUGGAGAAAACCACUGUGCUCAUCAAUUUGGUACCUCUAGCUGAGGCAUUCACAUCGGCUGCCGCCUUUUCGAUUUACAAAAAGUUCUGGAGCAAAGAGCUCUCCAUCAACACUUCCACAUUUGGUGUUUAUGAUGUGCUAUAUGUUCACUAUCCAGGCCUACCGCCUUCUCCACCAGCAUGGCCCUCUGGCUCUGCUACAAUCGAUGUGCAACCUUAUCCCCGCAGCACGAGUGGCAACGACCCAAUAAAGCCGUUCGGAGCAGAUGUGCCGAGAGGGAGGAGAAACGAGUCUAGCAGAAAUAUGAUCAUCAUAAUUGUUCUGUCAUCAGUCACAGCCUUUGUAGUGUGUAUGGGAUUUAUGCUGCUGGUUCUGUCGAAAUGGCGCGACAGUGCUCGGCAAGGGCUAAUGCCACAGGAAGGAAAGGAGUCAGGUGGUGGUAGGUUGCUGAAGGUAACGAGCCGGCCGAGCUCAGCCUCUGUGUCGUUCAGCUCCAGCCUUAUGGUGUUCACAGGGACCGCGAAAGUCUUCAGCAUCGAGGAUAUGGAGAGGGCCACGGAUAGCUUUGACAGUUCAAGAAUCGUGGGUGAAGGCGGGUUUGGGCUCGUUUAUGGUGGGACUCUUGACGAUGGGAGAAAAGUGGCGGUGAAGGUUCUCAAGAGGGACGAUCAGCAAGGCGGCCGUGAGUUUCUUGCAGAAGUCGAGAUGCUUGGCAGACUCCACCACAGAAACCUUGUCAAGCUGAUAGGGAUAUGCCCUGAUGAACACUCUAGAUGCCUCGUCUAUGAGCUCGUCCCCAAUGGCAGCGUCGAGUCUCAUUUACAUGGGGUUGAUAAGGAGAUUGCUCCUCUUGAUUGGUCAGCUAGGAUGAAAAUUGCGCUCGGUUCAGCCAGGGGCCUGGCCUACUUGCACGAGGACUCGAGCCCACGUGUCAUACACCGGGACUUCAAGUCCAGCAACAUCUUGCUUGAGCACGACUACACGCCUAAAGUCUCCGAUUUUGGGCUGGCUAGAGCCGCUAUGGAUGAAGCACACAAGCACGUUUCGACUCAUGUCAUGGGAACGUUCGGUUACUUAGCUCCUGAAUACGCGAUGACGGGCCAUCUCCUUGUCAAGAGCGACGUCUACAGUUAUGGCGUGGUCCUCCUCGAGCUGCUCACAGGGAGAAAGCCGGUUGACCUAUCCCAGCCUCCAGGGCAGGAGAAUCUAGUGGCCUGGGCCCGGCCUCUCCUCGCAACGAGGGAAGGUCUCGAGGCAAUCAUCGAUCCGUCUCUGAAGUCAGCUGUGCCGUUGGAGAAUGUGGCCCGAGUUGCAGCCAUAGCAUCAAUGUGCGUCCAGCCUGAGGUCUCCCACCGCCCCUUCAUGGGGGAGGUCGUCCAGGCGCUGAAGCUCGUGUGCAACGAGCUCGACGAGACGAGAGAGCCCGCGUCCAGAAACGUCAGCCGGGAUGACUUCUCCAUUGAGGUGGAUGAGCAGUUAGAGCAGAGUCUUGGGGCGGAGAUAACGCUGUCGGGCGUGGAUCUGUCGAGCUCGUCAGCAGCGCUUAGAGUCCGCGAAUCGGAGUCGUUUAGGAGGCAGUUUAACUCUGCUCCUUUGAAGGUGGAGAGGAAGAGGAAGUUUUGGCAGAGGCUGAGGGGACUCUCUGGAGGCAGCAUGAGUGAGCAUGAGUAUUCAUUGCAACCUUAGAUUUGGAUAUCAAAGUCUUUGAUUUUCAGCUUGGCCCUUUUUUUAAAUUUUGGCCAUGUGAAUUUUAUCUCUAGAUAGGAGAGUUUAGAAGUGCUAUUUGAUCUUGUUGUUGUUUAGAUUGGAAAUUUGGGAGGCUGUUUGAUUUUUAUUUUUUUAAAUGUAUUCGUUUAUUGUAAAGUUUUAAUAAUAAUUGUGAUGAUAAUUAUUUUCUU